GCUCACCUGGCGCGGGCCCGGGGCCCAGGUCCCCACGCCGGGCUGGGAGCUAAGGACAAGCCCUUGUGAGCAUCCCCUGGUGGGCUGUCGCGGUGGCAAGGACGCCAGCGCCCCCUGCACUGUCCCCAGGGCCGGGUUCGGCCAGACGGGCCCCUCGUAGUGCGCUCUCCCUUUCUGCUUCCUCCCAACGCCUUUCGACGUCAGGCUGGUGUCGGAGCAGUUCUCGCAGUCCCCACAGAAGCUGUCUUUCUACAGCUGGUACGGAAGCGCCAGGCUCUUCCAUUUCCGCGUGCCCCCGGACACCGUGCUGCUGCGCUGGCUGCUGCAAGUGUCCCGGGGCGGCGGCCCUGCGUGCACCGACGUGGAGAUCACUGUGUACUUCCGUUAUGGCGCCCCUCCUGUCAUCAAUCCUCUGGACACCAGCUUCCCCGCCAACACCUCCGUGCAGCCCUCCUUCCUCAUCAAGAUGCUGCAGAGCAACGCGUCCGUCAACAUCUCCCACCCAGCACCCGGGGACUGGUUUGUGGCCGCCCACCUGCCGCCCUCAUCCCAGAAGAUUGAGGUGAAGGGUUUUGUGCCCACCUGUGCCUACAUCUUCCAGCCGGACAUGCUUGUCCUGCGGGCAGUCGAGGUGUUCAUCCUGGAGCCUGAUGUCCCCCUUCCACAGACUCUCCUGUCCCACCCCAGCUACCUCAAAAUCUUCAUCCCUGAGAAUACCCGGGAGCUGCGGCUGGAGCUGCAGGGCUGUGCGACCAACGGGAGUCUGGGCUGCCCUGUUCGCCUUACUGUGGGCUCGGCCACCCUGCCCAGAAACUUCCAGAAGGUGCUCACGUGCAUUAGCCCCAGUUGGGCCUGCCACCUGCUGUUGCCUUCGCCGCCCUGGGACCGGUGGCUGCAAGUGACAGCCAGGAGCCUGGCCGGGCCUCAUGUGUCGGUGGCCUUCAGGGCUGUAGCUGCGCUCACAGCCUGCAGGCCAUGGACCCUGAACUCCCAGCACCUCUUGCCGAGCGGCACAAACCAGAGCUGUAACGCCUCCGCUGGCCUGCUGCCCCCAAGCCCCGGCUCCCGUGGCCCGGGCAGGAGCAGCAGGCUGGGCAGCGGGCCCUUCUGCCUCAUGAGCUACCCGGUCCUUCGUGAAGACAUGGACGUGGUAUCUGUACGCUUCCGGCCCGUGGACAGGGUCUCCAUGCUGGUGCAGUCAGCCGUGCCCUCGGUGCUGCGGCUGCACCUCAACACUGGCAUGGACAGCGGGGGCUCCCUCACCGUGUCCCUGCAGAGCAACCAGACCGCGGUCACCAACAACACCUUGGUCGUGGUCUGCGUGAAUGCGGCCUCGCCCUUCCUCAGCUUCAACACGUCGCUCAACUGUACUACAGCCUUCUUCCAGGGCUACCCCCUGUCUCUGAGCGCCUCAUCACGCCAGGCCGAACUCGUCAUCCCCUAUCCAGAGACAGACAACUGGUACCUCUCCCUGCAGCUCGUAUGCCCCGAGAGUCCUGAGGAGUGUGAGCAGACCUCGGUCCUCGUGGAGACCACCUUGUACUUGGUGCCUUGCCUGAAUGACUGUGGACCCUACGGCCAGUGUCUUCUGCUGCGCAGACACAGCUACUUGUAUGCGGGCUGCAGCUGCAAGGCAGCCCCCUUGGCGUCGCCUUGGCCCACAGGCUGGCGUGGGUGGAGCUGCACGGACAACAGCACAGCCCAGACGGUGGCCCAGCAGAGGGUGGCCACCCUCCUUCUCACCCUCAGCAACCUCAUGUUCCUGGCUCCCAUUGCCAUCUCCGUGCACCGCCUCCUCCUGGUGGAGGCCUCCGUCUAUGCCUACACCAUGUUCUUCUCCACGUUCUACCAUGCCUGUGACCAGCCCGGGGAGGCGGUGCUGUGCAUCCUCAGCUAUGACACAUUGCAGUACUGCGACUUUCUGGGCUCUGGGGUGUCCAUCUGGGUCACCAUCCUCUGCAUGGCGCGGCUGAAGGCGGCCUUGAAACAUGUCCUGUUUCUCCUGGGCACACUGGUCUUCGCCAUGUCCUUGCAGCUGGACCGCAGGGGUGCCUGGAAUAUGAUGGGGCCUUGUCUCUUUGCCUUUGUGGUUAUGGUCACCAUGUGGGUGUACCGCUGCGGGCACCGGCGCCAGUGCUACCCGACCUCCUGGCAGCGCUGGGGCUUUUUCCUCCUGCCCGGCAUCUCCAUGGCCGCUGUGGCUGUGGCCAUCUACACCUCUAUGAUGACCAGUGACAACUAUUACUACACCCACAGUAUCUGGCACAUGCUGCUGGCGGGAAGUGCGGCCUUCCUGCUGCCGCCGCGAGAGGAGCACACCGAGCCCUGGGCCUGCUCGCAGAAGCUCACGUGCCGCUAUCAGAUCUGUAAGAGCCACCGAGAGGAGCUGUACGCGGUGACGUGACAUGGCCGGCUCGGGGACGCUGUGAUGAUGAACCUCACUGGCCAGGGAUAUGACCGAAGAACGAGUCUGUCCAGACCGAUUUCCAACUGAAUAAAAUUGCCCUGUGCA